AUGUCCGCCCUCUCCGAGCCCCGCCGACCGCGUCUCCUCCCCCAGAACCGCAAGCUGCGCCAUCUCAAGGGCCUCUCCCUGCGCAACCUUUGCUUUGCGCCUGCCAACCGCUGCACCGCCGACGACGCCGCUCUGCCCCCGAGCCCCAGCGCGCUUGGAACACUGCGCAGGUCGGGAUCGCUGCAGCCGUCGCGCUCCACCGACAGCCUGCGCCUCGAGAGCUUGCGCUCCGACAAGCGCUGGCGCCCGCCCCAGACCCGCAAGAUCAGCUUGAACCUGGCGCAUGCGAGCCCGGCCUCGCGCCAGAAGAAGCUCGAGGCCUUGGUCAAUGGCUCCCUAGGCCAUGUCUUCUUGUCGCUCCACGUCGGCCGCGACCCUGAGCCUGUCUACGUGAGCGAGAUGCGUCAGAGGUCGGCUAACUUCAACUUCCAAUUCUUCGACCUUGCCACUCAGGGCCCUCGCGUCUCCAGAUCCUGCUCCGUCACAGUCCGCGUCUGGUCAAGGCGCCCCAAUCAGAGCGCCUGGGUCUUUGUCCUCGACGAAUUUGUCGACCUGCGCCAGCUCAACUUCAUCGGCACGCUCCUAGACCGGCGAUUCCCGCCCAAUGCCCUCAUCUUCCACCUCGAGGAUGGCCUCUAUUCCCUCGACUUUCCUACCAGGGCUGCCGACCCCAAGCAGGCCCCGCCGGCCGCCACCUCGUCGUACAACUCGCUGAUGAAGCUGGCCAACCUCGAGAGCUCCAUACAAGAUGCACUCGAGACGCAAGAAAAUUUGAUGGCGCAGAUAAACUCGAUACUCGAGCACUCCCCGCCCAGCGCCACCGAGGCGGCUCAGGAAGAGGUUGCCCGGGCCGAAAAGUACCUUGCGAGGCAACGGCGCGCCAACCGGCUGGCCGAGGAACAGCGGAACGAGCUGCGCGCCUCGCUCAGCAGCCGGCGAGCGGCCAUCCUCGCGGGCAGAGAGGCGCAGGCCAAGGUGGAGGCGGACAUUGCCAGCAACCGGGAGAAGCUCGAGGCCUCGGCGCAACUGCUCGAGCAGACGGAGCAGCAGAUCCACGGGCAGCGCCGGCGCAUCUGCUCGGAGCUGUCCGAAAUCUUCCCCAUCACGCCGGUGCCCGAUGCGCCGCCCCUCUCCUUUCGCAUCUGCAACCUGCCCCUGCCCAACUCGACCUACGACGCCGCGACGGCCAAGACGAUGGACGAGGACGCCCUCUCGGCCGCCCUGGGCCUGGUGACGCUGCUCACGCGCCACCUCCAGCUCUACCUGUCGUCGCCGCUGCCCUACCCGCUCCACGCCUUUGGGUCGCGCUCGCUGGCGCGCGACGACAUCUCCCAUCUGCCGGACAGGCCGACGCCGCGGCGCGAGUUCCCGCUGUACCUGCCGCGCGGGGGCUCGACGACGGGCCAGUGGCGCUUCGAGUACGGCUGGUUCCUGCUCAACAAAGACAUCGAGGCUCUCUGCUCGUCGCAGGGGCUCCGCGUCGUCGACAUCCGUCACUCGCUCCCCAACCUCAAGUACCUCCUCUACGUCUGCAGCGCGGGAACCCACGACGUGCCCGAGCGCAAAAAGGGCGGCGUCCGCGGCCUCUGGGCCGGCAAGCUGCGCGGGCGCAUGCCCGUCACCCCGCCCGUCGACGCCGAGAGCAGCAGCAGCGCGGCGGGCACCCCCCCGCCUGCUGGGAGCGUGGACGGCGGCGGCGGCGGCGGAGCCUGGAACGGGCUGUCCAAGCAGAGCGGCUGGGGUGACGUGGGCGACGCCGACUUGCCGUUUGGCAGCGGCGAGGCCAAGUUUACCCUGCGGACAAAGGGGCUGCGCGAGAAUGUGGCGGGGUAG